AUGUUGUCGUUCCGAAGCGCGUCCUUCAUCGUCCUCGUCGUUGCGCUCCUCUUCCGCACCCUAUCAUACCCAGCAGAACUCAAUACAGAUGUACUGUACUCCUCCGAUGACAAUGGCGACGCGCGCGCCCUCCUCGUGACCGCGCACCCGGACGACGAGGCCAUGUUCUUCGCGCCCACACUGCUUGCGCUGGCGGCGAAGGACGUAGCUGUAUACUCUCUUUGCCUUUCCGUGGGGAACGCUGACGGCCUUGGGGACGUACGACGACGGGAAUUCGGCGAGAGCCUUGACGCGCUGGGAGUACCAGAGAAGAGGCGAUGGGUGCUGGAUGAUCCCGCUCUGCAAGAUAAUUUUACUGCGAUUUGGGAUGCAGACGUGAUCGCACGAACAGUGCUCCCCUACGUGGCAGAAAGCGCUAUCACUACCAUCCUCACCUUCGACCGCGAAGGCGUAUCCCAACACCCCAACCACCGCUCUAUCCGCGAGGGCAUUCGCACACUUCUGUCCUCACCCGACUUCGACGACUUAGACUCACCUGCCACCCUCGCCAUCCACCCGCGCUUCUUCACCCUCGUCACCGUCCCCUUGGCCUCAAAAUAUCUUGGCGUCGUUGCGUCUCUGCAAGCUAGAUUCGACCUCGCGGCCAUCGCGACAUUGGAUGCGCUCACGAACGCUUUUGCUCGGUACUCCGGCGGCGACAACACUGACAACAGCGAAAGUGGGUUGGAAGCCCGCGAGAAGACAAGCACCAAAGAGGGUAUGCUUGCAAGAUCCAACAAUGCUCCCGUCAUCCCCGCCUUCAUCUCCGGGUGGACAGAGUACAAGACCGCCGUACGUGCCAUGCUCCGCCACAAAAGCCAGAUGGUGUGGUUCCGCUGGCUUUACGUCGCGUUCUCGAGGUACAUGUGGGUGAAUGAGUGGUUUGAGGUGGCGGUUUGAGGGUGGCGAAGUUGAUGCCAUUGUAACCAUGUAGCCCUCGAUGCUAGCAUACCUUGCCGCAGGGAUAGACAGCCAGUCUUGCGGUGGAAGAUAUCGCGGGUGACAUACAGAUAAACAUCGCAGACAAAUCAUACGGCCAACGUCGGGCCAUGACAAU